CUCAUUUCUGAAGUGAGACUAGGAAGAGAAGAUGAAUAAUUCCCUGGAGUAUCUAGCCUACCCUGUAAUCGUCUCUAAUCACAGGCAGAGCACAGGCUUCAGGAAGAAACUGGACUUUGGCCAUUACAUAUCUCACAAGAAUAGGAUACAAAUAGUGAAACCUGCUGUUGAUACCAAACCUCCGGUGGUACACACAAACCACAUUUUAAAACUGGGCAAACUACAGGGUGAACAAAAGAGAAUCAAUAAAAUCGAGUAUGAAAACAAGCAACUGUGUCAGAAAAUCGCAAACGCCCAUCGCGGCCCUGCCAAGGUGGAUUGCUGGAACGAGUACUUCUCCAAGAGAAUUCAAGACGUUAUAUCAGAAAUACAACAAAGUAUCUUCUCUCCCAAGAUGAAUAGGUUACUCACCACAGAACAGAGACAAGAGAAGGCCCUAGGAUUUCUUAGCCGCUUAGAGUCUCCAGACACGCCUACAUGGCUGAAUGCUCAAUCUUAGGGAUGCUACAAUAAAGCUUGAAACACAAAAUGAGUAAGUUACAUUUAAGGUACCCAAUGGCUUUAAGUCCCCCAUCCCAAAAUGGAGACAGAAUGGGGCAGGCAGAAGAAAAGAGGCAACAAGCAUUUUUAUUUGGGGCUACGAAAAGAAGUUUUAAUGAGAGAGAAGGAGAGAGAACUUUUUAAGACAUAAACCAUCAUCACCAUUCUGGGGGAAGAAAAGGUGGGGUGAGAUGAUCCAGCCACAAGUUCAGCUCUAUCAAAACGGAAAACAGAAGCACACGAGGAAAUUAGGGUUCAGACAACACAGAGAACGUAUGCCAUUAGUUCCUCUGUGGAUAUGCAGAAUUGGGAAAGAAUGCUUCGUUGACUUUCCAUGUACCGUGUUCAUUUAUAAGAAGCAGCAACAGUGAAAAUAUCAAAAAUAUAUUAAACCAUAUGGCAAGACAA